AAGCGGAGGGAGGGAGGAGCCGCGAGGGGCGCGCGCAGCCGGCUUCUCUGCGAGGGAGGGACCCCCGGUCGAGCUUGACUCUGGGCCUGGCUGGUUGGUGAGGCCUUCAUUCUGAGGCUUUCUUCUCUCACCGCGCUCGGCCAUGGAAGCCGAGGAACCAGGCCCCAGAUACUACACUCCUCUUCAACCAGCAUUUUAUCCUUUUUCAUUCCAUCAAAUGAUGACUGCUACAGAUAUGGAUACAUUGAAUGAUCAGGAAACUCCUCAGGAAAUUUUGGAGCCAAACAUGGUUCAGGAACCUAUUCCAGCACCUGUUAAAGGAAGAAAAAGAAGAAAUAAAUCUUCUGAACCCAAAAAGCCUGCUGCUAAAGUCCCUAAAGUUCCUAAAGCUGCCAAAUCAAAAGGCAAACAGGAGAAAAUCACUGAUAAGUUCAAAGUCAAAAGGAAAGUUGAUCGGUUUAAUGGUGUGACUGAAGCUGAAUUGUUGACCAAAACUCUUCCUGAUAUAUUGACCUUCAACUUAGACAUUGUAAUUAUUGGUAUAAACCCAGGUUUAAUGGCUGCCUAUAAAGGACAUCAUUAUCCAGGACCUGGAAACCACUUCUGGAAGUGUCUUUUUUUGUCUGGAUUAAGUGAAGAACAGUUGAAUCAUAUGGAUGACCAUACUUUACCGUUUAAAUAUGGAAUUGGUUUUACAAACAUGGUGGAAAGGACAACACCAGGUAGCAAGGAUCUUUCCAGCAAAGAGUUUCGGGAAGGAGGACGAAUUCUGGUGCAGAAGUUGCAGAAAUAUCAACCUAAAAUAGCAGUUUUUAAUGGAAAAUGUAUUUAUGAUAUUUUUAGUAAAGAGGUUUUUGGAGUCAAGGUUAAAAAGCUGGAAUUUGGGCUACAGCCACAUAAAGUCCCAGAUACAGAAACACUUUGCUAUGUUAUGCCAUCGUCCAGUGCAAGAUGUGCUCAGUUUCCUCGUGCACAAGAUAAGGUUCAUUAUUACAUAAAACUCAAAGAACUGAGGGAUCAACUGAAAGGUAUUAUACCGAAUUCUGAAAUCCAAGAAGUGCAUUACUCAUUUGACCUGCAGCUUGCACAAGAGGACGCUAAGAAGAUGGCUGUCAAAGAAGAAAAGUAUGAUCCAGGAUAUGAAGCAGCCUAUGGAGGUGCUUAUGGUGAUGAAGCAGCACCAGAGAGUGAACCCUGUAACUUCCCAUCAAAUGGAACAGCAACUGCUACAGAGUACAGCAGUAGUUCUUCCUUUGGAGAAGUCGCUAAUGGACAAUGGAUGACACAGUCUUUCACUGACCAGAUUCCAGAGUUCAGCAAUUCUAGACCACAAGAGGAAGGAAAUGAUGCUUAAAGUCUGCCUGUAAAAGUCAGGCCUAAGUGCUGCAGGGUUUUAAACACAUUUGUCAAGAACGGUACCUCAGUUCCCCCAACUGAAGCAUUUUGAUAGCAUUUUACCUCUUAAUUUUCUUAUGCUAACCAUUUGUGUUGGUAGAUUUAGGCAUAUGAAUUAUGUCACUUUAAAGAAAUGUCCCAAGUUUUUUUUAAGAUAAAAAAAAAUCCCUUUUCUUUUUCUAUGAAACUUUUAUAUUUAAAUUGUUCCAUAGUUGCAGUUUUAGAAAACUGAAUCAUUUGUGACGACCCAUUUCUUAUUUUAAACUUGUAUUUUGUAAGUAAUAGGUGGACAUAUUUUUAACCAGUCCCUUCAUAUGUUGGGAUAUUUCAUAUGUAGUUUAGUACAUCUGAGAAGGUGGGAAGAGGCUUUUAGAUUUAAUAUUGUUACUGGACAUUGACACAACAUGCAGUUGUCCACCACAUCUGUUACACAAUAAUAGAUAUUCAGACCUACUUUAUAAAGAGCUUCUUUGUCGCAGAAGCAACACCAGGCAUUUUUUCUUUGUUUUUGUUUUUAAGGAACUCCAUUUCUUAAAUCAGUCCUGGAGCAUGCAUGUGGUUACUUACAUCAUUUGCUUCCACCAAUUUAAUAUGUGAGCUUUCUAACUGAAAAACAUUAGGGCUGAAGCACAUGAUUUGUACCUACCUUUGCUAGAGUCAAACACCUUCAUUCUACCUUUAUCUUGGCUGCUUGCUGCUACCUCAGCUGUCAUUUUCUUUUCUUGUUUAUCAACACUCCAUAUAUUCUCAGAACAUCAUCCAAGUAUUUGACAUAAUGCCGUGCUCUGUUUGCUGACACAUUGUGAGCAGUUGACUCCUAACUAGAAUAAGGACAGUCCUUCCCAUAUCAGAUAACAUGGUUUAUUGAAGCAGAGAUGGAUAAUUGUGGUCUUCCUUUGUCUUAGGCAAUGAUCUUUAAAUUCGAACAGAGGUUUUCAUAAAAAACAUCUUAUUUCUCCUUUCCCCACUUUUUGGCUCAGCCUUAAGAAGGUAUUGCUUGUGGGAAAAAGACAGUAGAGUGUUCCAUCACUUAUCAUGGGGUUUACGUUCAAGGACCACCCGCGAUAAGUGAAAAUCCGUGAAGUAGGGACACUAUAUUUGUGUUGUUUACAAUCUCACUGGCAAGUAGCGUCUCUCUCCCCUCCUCGCCUCUCAAGCACGCGCAUAUGCGCUUGAGGCGAAAACAAAGCUGCUUCAGCCUCCUUUUCUCUCCCUUCAGCUUGUCCUUCCUUCCUUCUCUUUAGGAAGGAAGUAGAAAGAGGAAUUUAUAAUAUUAUUUUAUGAUUUAUACUAUUUUAGUGUUUAUUAAAACCGCAAAACAGCGAAUACGCAAAAAGCAAACCACGAAGUAGCGAGGGAACACUGUACUAUCUUCAGUGUAAUAUCUGGGACAACACUUUGGUUUGAUUUUAACACAAUGAGUAGGACGUGUGGACCAGUCUUUAUUGUUCAGAAGAUUAGAGUACACAUACAUACACAUUUUCAGGGAAAUGUCUGAUAACUGUGCCCUUGUUUUCUCUAUCUCAGGAAGACAGUGGGAAAUCCUGUGUCAUAUCUAUUGCACUCAUUCUUUCCCACCUUUAGAAUGAAUAACAUGUAGGACUGCUCUAGAAAUGGAAGAAUUUAAUAAUUCAACUCCACUCAGAUAGAAAGUCAUCUUUAUAAGGAAGCAAAACUUUCCAGAAUUCAGUACUUUUCCUUUGUUGGAAAUGUAGCACUCUGUAUCUUACUGACCACACUGUUAGUAGUGCUAGCAAGCUGUUCAAGUCUUAGGAAGCCACAAGCAUGCUCUGGGGAGUAUCUAACCAUUUACAAAACAUUUUACUAAGGUUCAGGGCAUGGUUCACUUUCAUUGCAUGUGCAGUAGUGCUUAUUUUACCUUUCCCUUCUUAUAGGCAACAUAAUGGCACAUUGAGGGAAUGGGAACUCCCUGUGCUGCAUCAUACCCUUUCCGUAUGACUUAUAGGUUAAGGUUGUUGAAAAAAUGUUACAUAUGAAUUAAAGAGGAGGCCCUGGUAUACAAGUACACAGUUUGCAUACCUAAGUGAAGUUAAGUUUAACUAGAAAACUGCAAGCUGGUGCUGAACUUAUAAUGUAAGUGGAUCAUGCCUACUUUCUUUAGGUCUAUUGGGAUUGAAGACACUUGUCCUUGUAUUCUUUUAUCCCCCUCAAUCCUCAAAAAGGUUAAGAUAUGACUUAAAAGAACAAGCAAUAAGAGAAUUAAGCAGAUUUUGAUAAACUGUCAGUCAAGUGCUCUGGAUACUUGAAUGAUGUGCAAGAACUGUGUUUACAUAAUGUAUACAUGGUUUCGAUCACUAUAUAACUAUGCCACAUACAGAGUGGUAUUAGGAGUAAGUAGCUAAGUGGAUCGGUUGGAAAGUAAAAUAAUUCAAUGGCCUAUUAGCCACUUUGGAACAUUUUCACUAUGUUUUGACUUGGUGAUGCUUAAAAUGUAGGCAUGUCUGUGGACUUCCACCAAAAUCAUGUACCUUAAUCCUAAAAUACAGUGUUUUGGUUUUAUUUUUUAAAUUAAGAUUCAGGUGUAUAUUCUACAAUCAUGUUGGUUACUCCCUGGGGGAAAAAGUUCCUUAUCUUGUCAACAGACUAAAUGAUUCAUUGGCAGAAUAAUCCUUUCCAUAUUUACUCGGAAACAAGAUCCUUUUUCAGUGGGAUCGAACUUACUAGUGAGUAUGUCUAGGAUCACAGCCUUAGUUUAUCUUUUAUGUAUCGCUGUUUACAUGGACACUUUUUAGCAAGUGCUUGAAGUGCCUUGCAUCAGGGAUCUGGAACAAUUUUUAUUUUUAACAGACCUAUAUUAUUCCAGAUAGAUAGCUCAGUAAUAACUAUAUAAAAGGGAACAUCUUGUUUUGAAAGAGGCAUCAUUAAAUUGCUGAGAAAUAAAGUGCACAAUGGAUUAAUGAAAUGUGAAUACACAUCUCAAAUAUGGUGCUCUGAAACUGUACUUAAUAAUUUUGGUCUGUCAGUUUCUUGCAAAAAAAGUCUUAACAUGAAUUACUGGUGCUUAAUUGUGACAUUGUCUUGAUGCUGAAUUGCUAUUUGCUUUGAAAAGAAACAGUGAUAAAUUAUUUGAAAUGAAUAAAAGAAUUGAUGUUUAA